UAUGCAUCCUGGCUCGUAGAUAUUUCCAAUGGAUGGAGAAGAGCCUUUGCCCUCCUACGAAGGCCUAGCCGCGGCCUUCGCAAAGGCAAAAGCGCAGAAGGAGAAGGAGGAAUCGCAAGGUCUCAAGCCAACAGUGGGGAAUGCUGCGGCAGCCAACAAGCAAGGAGAAGUUCACUUCAAGGCUGCGCAUGGCAUUAUAGUAGCUUUUUUCUCUUGGAUACUUCUACUCCAUGUCCUAGGCAUAUACCUGUUCACAAGUGGCUUCCUCCUCACCCGCUUGGUCCUCGAUCAGAAGUCGGAAUGCGAUGUUCCACCGAUAGACUUGAUAUCUUACACUUCCGGCUCCUCCGAGUCAGGAUGCUGGCAUCCUAAGACAUUCGACAAAGCAAUUGUUAUCCUCAUAGACGCACUACGUUACGAUUUCACAGUACCCUUCCGUCCUACCGCGGGCGAACAACCGCAACAUUUCCAUAAUGCACUCCCCGUUCUUUACGACACAGCCGUCACGCAGCCCCAGAAUGCGUUCCUGCUACCGUUCAUUGCCGAUCCACCAACAACCACAUUGCAACGAUUGAAGGGACUUACAACGGGAACACUUCCAACGUUCGUUGAUGCAGGUUCAAACUUCGCAGGAAACGCAAUCGACGAGGAUAAUCUGCUGGCGCAAUUGCGCAAUGCCAGCAAAAGAAUCGUUCAUCUAGGUGAUGAUACGUGGCAUGCGCUUUUCCCUGACUACUUCGAGCCCAAUCUUACACAUGCGUAUGAUUCGUUCAAUGUCUGGGACCUGCAUACCGUCGAUAAUGGUGUUACUGAGCACAUCUUCCCCCUCAUGCAACCCUCCAAUGCGAGCAAGUGGGACGUAAUCAUUGGCCACUACCUUGGAGUGGACCAUGCAGGCCACCGUUACGGACCGGAUCACCCUGCGAUGACAGCAAAGUUAAACCAGAUGGACGAAACGAUUCGAAAGAUGAUAGCCAACAUUGACGACGAUACUCUGCUUGUUGUUAUGGGUGAUCAUGGCAUGGAUUCGAAAGGCGACCAUGGAGGGGAGUCUGAUGAUGAGAUCCAGGCCGCACUUUGGAUGUAUUCCAAGAAAGGAGUCUUUGGUCGCAGCUCUCCGGCAAAUAAGAUCCCGCCGGCGACAGCAAAGGAAAGGCCGGUAGGACAGAUCGACUUGGUUCCCACCCUUUCCCUCUUACUCGGUUUGCCAGUGCCUUUCAACAACCUUGGCACCCCAAUUGAAGAGGCCUUCAUUGGAGCUCAAGGAGAGGACUACGAAACUUUGGCCAAUGUGAAUCGGUUGGUGUCAGCACAGAUUCAACGCUAUCAGUUUGAAUAUGCUCUUGCACGUGGACAAGACGAAAGCACCAGGGCAAGCUCCUUGAAGCUAUGGACCGUUGCCAAUGAUGGCUGGGACCUGUUGAUGAGAAAUGGGAGAGCUAGUCGUGAUCAUCAAAGAUCGAUCUACGAGAGUUUCAAAGCAUAUCAAAGCGAAACUCUCAGCAUUUGCCGCGCUUUGUGGGCAAGAUUUGAUGUACCGAGAAUGUUGAAUGGAGUCACAAUACUUGUCUUCACCCUGAUCACACUUGGUAUCUAUUCUCGCGGCUUGGAUGGAGACCGAACUGAGCUUACACCGGCUCUGCUGAUUCGAGGCGCUGUUGGCACUUUGGUCGGUGCUGGUGCUGGUGUAGGUGUUACCUUCGCAGCUCCAGACCUUUCUCGUGACCACGUCGUGGUUUUCUCGACAGCCGUAGGCAGCCUCCUUGGGGUCGCUACCGCUUUCUGGUACAUUAGGCGCCGACUUAUACUCCCAAUUCCGUCUUCGAUUUGGUCAUGGAUCAGUAUCAUCUUCACACUUGCAUUGUCAGCGGGUUUUGCUGCCAAUUCCUUCACGAUCUGGGAAGAUGAGAUCCUUCUCCAUUUCCUCACGACCUUCGGUGUUCUGGCAACACUGUCGUCCAUACGACAGAAAAACAACAUUGAUCGGGCGCUUGGAUGCUAUCACUCAAUUCUCUUCAUCGUCCUCACUAGGCUUGCUUCGAUGUCACGUCUAUGUCGAGAAGAACAAAUGCCGUAUUGCAAGUCCACAUACUAUGCAUCCGCUACCUCUUCAACCUCAGCAACAUGGCAAUUGGCAAUCCCAUUCGCUGUAGCAUUGUUGUUGCCAAGCUUCAUUCGCUCUUACUACGAGAAUACAGGCAACUUCCAAGGAUCAGCUAUCACCUGGUUAGACAUCGCACUCCGCUUUGGGCUCCUCCUCAGUGCAGCAUUUUGGACCUUAGAUGCUGCCGACGAUGGUGAUUGGUAUCCAGGCUACGGUGAGGUUCUUAAGACUACCAAAGUCAUAAUAGCACAAAUCACGCUUGCAAUUGCCGUAGCGUUUGGUUACUCAACCUUUACAUGGGCAAAGCCUUUCCUCACUAUUGAGACAAAAGCCCGUGAGGCUGUGAAACCUGGCGAGCAGAUCGUCGCAGACGGCGGCUCAUCCGCAAUUACCAUUUUGGGAUACUCUAACGUCCACGGCUCCCGGUAUGCCUUCCUCAUCACUAUGUGGUUCUUGGCAAUCAGUCUCGUUCAAAAGCCCAUGGGCGCCGGUGCAAUCGCCGUCGCAACAUGGCAGAUUUUCUCCCUCCUCGAAAUCAUCGACACCAACAAACUCUCCGACUCCCCCAUCGGGCCCAUUGUCCUCGGACUUCUGGGUUCAUUCCAUUUCUUCAAGACAGGCCACCAAGCCACCAUUGCCAGCGUUCAAUGGGAAUCCGCCUUCAUCCCCCUCCGCACCAUCAAAUACCCCUGGACUCCCGUCCUGAUCAUCCUCAACAGCUUCGGCGCACAGAUUCUCUGCGCGAUUGCCGUGCCCGCCGUCGUGCUCUGGAAACAGCCUCCCAAGAAGCGCGGCCUCCUCGGCGACGUCGCAAAGGCCGUUGGUACACACCUCCUCUUCUACGCAGUCAUCAACCUUGCCACCACCAUGUGGGCAGGGCACCUGAGGAGACAUCUGAUGCUUUAUCGCAUCUUCAGCCCUCGCUUUAUGGUUGGUGCGCUCGUGUUACUUGCCGUGGACUUCGUAGCAAUAUUCGUCGCCAUUGUAGGUACGCGGAUGAGCUUCAUAAGCGUAGCCGAAGUUUUCGGAUGGUAGAUGGGCACUGUUCCUUUCGUGUCCUACCUCCUUCGUCCUCUCAUCAUUUAUGUCAUUGUAUUAUCCAUGUAGAUACAUGACAUCUAGUACCAAAAGUACCUGAAUCUUGUCCUCAGUAGACCAUCCAAAAAAAAGGGUUCAAAAUCCCCCAUCUACGCAGCAUGUGUUACACCGUUGCAUGCAAAGCGUAGGCGUAUUCUAGAUAGUAAGCCAGUAUCGCCCUCGUCGAUUCGCGACCUAAGCAGCUCGCUUUCAUUAUGCAGAUUCCCUAAUAUGAUUCCAUCG